CCCGCCCGCCCGCCCGCCCUCCCUCCCUCCCUCCCUGCGGUCGGACCCGGAGCCGUCUGCGAGCUUCUAAUUGUUGCUCCAGGUUCUCUGAGGUCAGUGUGCGGGCUGUCGUCGCUGCCUACGGGACACUGGAAUGGGGGAAGAGGACGGGCACGGAAAGAAAGAAGGUCUGCGUGUCCGUUCUUCCCAGCACUCUGCUAGGCUAGAAAAGGAGGAGGAACCUGUCCAGAAUCCCCGCAGGAAAAGCAGGGGACAUCUCAACAUGGAAAAACUCUGCAGUGAAAAUGAAGGAAUGCCUGAGAACCCAGGAAAGAUGGAAAACAAAGAACAGCCACUGGAUGCGGGAAAGCCAGGAGUAGCUUGUACUGUGGAAGACAAGGAAAAGUUAGAAAACAAAGGAAGGAUUGAUCACAAGGGAAAGAUAGAAGAUAAGGAAGUACUAAAGGAUAAGGAAAAGCCAGAGAGUGAGGCAAAGCCAAGAGAAGGAAAGCCAGUGAGCCAGGGAAAGCCAGAGAAUGAGGGAAAACCAAAAGAAGGAAAACCAGAGAGCGAGGGAAAGGCAAAAGAAGGAAAACCAGCCAGCGAACCAAGGGCUGCAGGAAAGCGCCCAGCUGGGGACGAUGUACCCAGGAAGGCCAAAAGGAAAACCAACAAGGGGCUGGCUCAGUGUCUGAAGGAAUACAAGGAGGCCAUACACGAUAUGCAUUUGAGCAAUGAGGAGAUGAUAAGAGAAUUUGACGAGAUGGCUAGGGUGGAGGAUGAAGUGAAGAAAACCAGACAGAAACUGGGGGGGGUUUAUGUGGAUGCAAAAAAGUUUACAGGACCCUUUCCACCCCAGGGGCCCAAGGGAACUCAGGGGUGGCUGCAGGGCCCCACAAAGGGGCUUUGAAGACAUUCCUUUUGUGUAAUGCCCCUGGCAGGCAUUUGCAAAGCCUUGUGCUUUAUUUAAUCUUAUGCUAAUACUAUGCUUUAGGUGUCACUCAUGUUAUCCAACUGCAGCCCUCUGUUUCAGUAGCAGAUUUUCAUCCAUUGCAUGGAAAAAUGUUUAUGGUGCAUUGUAAAAUUAAAAAAAAACAGUUUGCAGAACCAUACAUAUGGCAUCAGUCCAUUUUUGUAAAACUACAAAGAUAUUUACCUAGUGAUCCAUGUACAGAAAAGGCUCUGAAAGCUCUGUUUGCUAAAAGAUUAACAGUGGUUAUCUGUGGAUGACUUUUUUGGGUUUUUUUAUUCAUCUGUAUAUAUUCUCUUAAAAAACAGAGAUUACUUUUAUCAUAAAAAUAAUGAAAUAAAAAAUAGGAAAACAAUA